UGAAAACCAAAAAUCAGUAGUGAAAGUAUUUGAGCGGCGUCUUGAUGAGCGCACUUGGAGCUGCUGGAGCGUCAGUAAUUGUGUGCAGGGAGCAAGAAAAUCAAAAGAGUGAUUUAACAAAGCAAACGAACGAAAUGGAGUUUUGUGAGGUUGAAAGUGACGCAGGUGAGCUGCAGGUCGAGGAGUGAGGAGCACAAACUGAAGCAUGGUUGUUUUUCCUUUGUCAAAUUCCCCGCAGGCGCGUUUGCACAGAAAACAAUACAAACUACUGCGCCACGCAACUCGCUCUUCUCACUGCAGCGACAAAUAUAGAUAUUAACUGAUAAUAAAGUGAUAUUGGAGUCACUACGCUGUGGAAGGGAGCAGGUGCUGAAGCUGCUCAGGCUUCAUCAGAAUGGAAGGAAAUGCUCGCCGAGACCCAGAGCGCCCACGGGACUCCGGGGAGCAGUCCAACCGGGCCAUCCUGCCCCUCUUGCAGCCACCUGGCAACCAACAGUCUCACAGGAUCACUAACUUUUACAUCGACAACAUUUUGAGGCCGGAUUUCGGCCUGAAGAGGAAGGAUGGGGCUCCGGAUCGGCAGGGAGACGCUCUUGGAGUGCUCAUACAAAGAGAGGAGCUGACAGGGAGGAAGCCUCCCAAAAGUGCUAACCCUCGGCAGGGUGGAGCAGGAGGCAAAGAAGAGGAGAACCCGGGAGAGGAUGAAGACCAGCAUCCGGACAUUGACGCCAGGAGGCCCGGCGUAGUGGCCCGUGAGGCGGCUAAUGACCGCUGCAGCAGCCCUCAGGCCAGCACUGCCACAGCGGCCAAAUCGAUGCUGUGGCCAGCUUGGGUGUAUUGUACUCGCUACUCGGACCGUCCGUCAUCAGGGCCCAGAUCUCGCAAACCAAAGAAAGCGCCGACCCCGAGUAAAGAGGACAAACGGCCCCGGACGGCCUUCACCGCGGAGCAGCUCCAGCGGUUAAAAACGGAGUUCCAGAACAACCGCUACCUGACCGAGCAACGGAGGCAGAGCCUGGCCCGGGACCUCGGUCUCAACGAGUCUCAGAUCAAAAUCUGGUUUCAGAACAAGCGUGCCAAAAUCAAGAAGGCAUCCGGGAAUAAAAACUCUCUGGCGCUGCAUCUGAUGGCGCAGGGACUGUACAACCACACCACGGCCAAGGACGCCAAGUCGGACAGCGACUAGAGGAUGACAGCUGACUCUGAACAUGCAAUAAAAUCACCAGCAUUCAUAUUUCAAUGACACACACACACACACACACACGCACACACACACACACACACACACACACACUGUUUGUGACAGAGAUAUUAUGGCUGUAUACUGUGUACUCAGGGCUGUAGAUAUGACGAGGCCCAGCUCCAGUCAAGAUGGAGCCGCAUUCAUGUCACAGCCAAAAUCUCGACCAAUGGGGCGUUCAGGGUCCAACGGAAAUAUCUGACGAUGGCGAACAAUUAUACUAAUGCUGCUCUGUUAAAAUUGACCGAGAAGACAUAUAAUAAAUUCCAGUCUCAUCGAAGUAUGGGAUAACAUAUCUUUAGGUAGAAUAAAAAUAAAUAAA